AUGAUUCCUCCCGUGAUGACCAACAAACCGCUUCCCGCGAUGAAUAAAACAACAAAACACGCCGGUACCAAAAAGAACCAAGAAGAAAGAACCAAGAACGUGGAUGAAAAGACAAGAGAAAACGCCGCUAUUCCAGCCGAAGAUGUUUGCAUGAGGUAUCCUAGUAUUCGCAAUUUCCAAACCCACGCAUGCCAUUGGAACAAGAAACGCAAAAAAAUAAAAUCGAGAAACCCCAGCGACCUGCGCAAUUACAAGACGGCCGUCUUGGGGAGAAAGAAGGGCAUUAAGAGAAGAAAGAAAAACAAAACAUACAAAGGGAUGCGAUGCGCAUAUGGGUGCAAGAGACAAAAGAUUGACGCACUGAGUGCUAAGUCUGGCGCAACGCACAAAUGA